UUUGCAGGAAACUUCAAAAUAGAUAUUGUUUGCAGGGAAGAGAGAGAGAAACCUUCUCUCUCUGAAUAUCUCUCUCUUCUCUGUGUUCAUCUUUUUCAUUUUAUGAUAAAAAAAUUCAAACUUUUUUGGGUGAGAUUUGAAUAAACAACAAUGAAUAUGAUGCGAAGGUUGAAGAGCAUUGCUUCUGGGAGGACUUCCAUUUCAUCAGAUCCAGGAGGGGAUUUAACUACAAAAAGAGUUAAGUUUGAUCAGGAGACUGAAGGAAAGGUUAAUGAGGAAACAAAUCCUAUUGAAAGAGGAGGUAAAGAUCAGGAGCAGCAUUUAGAUGCAUCAAAAGAAACUACUGUUGAUCAGCUUCCAAAAGAAUUACAUGAAAUGAAAAUUAAAGACGAUAAGGGCAAAAACAACAAUGAAAAGGAUAUGGAGCCAACUAUUGUGAACGGAAAUGGAACAGAAACAGGUCAAAUAAUUACAACUGCUAUUGGUGGUCGAGAUGGACAACCAAAGCGGACAAUCUCAUACAUGGCAGAACGUGUGGUUGGUACUGGUUCUUUCGGUGUUGUUUAUCAGGCUAAGUGCCUUGAAACUGGUGAAGCAGUUGCAAUAAAGAAAGUAUUGCAAGACAAGAGAUAUAAGAAUAGGGAACUCCAGGUUAUGCGUGUGCUUGACCAUACUAAUGUUCUUAAAUUAAAGCACUGUUUCUAUUCAACGGCCGAGAAAGAUGAGUUGUAUCUCAACCUAGUUUUGGAGUAUGUACCUGAAACUGUGUACAGAGUUUCAAAGCAAUAUGUCAGGAUACACCAACACAUGCCUAUCAUUUACGUGCAACUAUAUAUGUACCAGAUAUGCCGUGGUUUAAAUUAUUUGCAUCAUGUGAUCGGAGUCUGUCAUCGGGACAUCAAACCCCAGAAUCUAUUGGUUAAUCCCCAGACUCAUCAGUUAAAGAUAUGUGAUUUUGGGAGUGCAAAGAUGUUGGUGCCUGGCGAACCCAACAUAUCAUACAUAUGCUCGCGGUAUUAUAGAGCUCCAGAACUUAUAUUUGGGGCAACGGAAUACACAACUGCUAUUGAUCUUUGGUCUGCUGGUUGUGUUUUGGCUGAGCUUCUUCUAGGACAGCCAAUGUUUCCCGGAGAGAGUGGCGUUGAUCAGUUAGUAGAGAUCAUUAAGAUCUUGGGAACACCAACCAGAGAAGAAAUAAAGUGCAUGAAUCCAAAUUACACUGAGUUUAAGUUUCCUCAGAUAAAAGCGCACCCAUGGCACAAGAUUUUUCACAAAAGGAUGCCUCCUCAAGCAGUGGAUCUUGUGUCAAGAAUGCUUCAAUAUUCACCAAAUCUACGUUGCACUGCUCUGGAAGCAUGUGCACAUCCCUUCUUUGAUGAUCUACGAGACCGGAAUGCAUGCUUGCCGAAUGGACAAGCAUUGCCUCCUUUGUUUGAUUUCACAGCUCAAGAACUGGCUGACGCAUCCGAUGAGUUGCGCAGACGUCUCAUUCCUGAGCAUGCAAGGGAGUUGAAUUGAUUAUGGGGCAUUGUAAAUGGAUUUUUGGAUGAAUAGAUAACCACACCAGCAAUGCUACAUUCCUAGCAGUCCAGGUCUCUGUUGUCCAGCCUGCACAAUCAUGACUAUACAAAACUCAUAUGAACCUCAAAACCAUGCAACUGCUUUAUCAAAAACCUGGCAGGUGACAAUCAGAUGUGGAUGAAGUAGGACUAAAUGGUGAUAGGGUUGCAACCAUUUUUUUAGUAGUUUAUGAUUGAUGUAUGACUCAAUUUUAAAAGAUAACGAGUUCUUACAAUAUUGUACUCAUGUUUCAUAUAGUUCAAGCUCGUUUGUUUC